UAAAUAUAUUAAAUAUAUAUUGUCAAACAAAGCGAGAUACGCACGAACAUGUGUGUAAAAUUUCUACGUAAAAUCUAGGAACAAAAGUAUCGAACGAUCGAAAUCUAUCUGUGUGGGAGAGGCGUGAGAACAUUGGGGGGCACAUGUGAGCGUCGGUUCAUCUCUCUCUAUAGUCAGCUGAUUUCAGUCAAUGAAACACCAGUGUUUCGUUUCGUGCAGUGUUUGUCCGACAGUCAGAAUUCUAUGUGUGCGCGCGCGCGCGUAUAUGUAUGCAUGUGCAGACUCGUAUCCAAAAAGGAAAAUAUUACGCAGCUUAGAGAACCCCGUUACAUCCGAAUCGUCGUAUUAUGUUAAGGAUCAUUGCGCCAGAGUGGACACGUGUUGGAAAGAUGGAAUUCACGUGGAUAAAUUGUUAUCCGUACACCGUGCCCGAAUAACAAGACCUAAUAACAAAGCGCAUGACGAGAGUCACUUUUGAAAAUUCCAUGUAGAUUUCAUAGAUUAGCUUUGUCAAGCGUGGAUAGGAAAUAUGUCUUGGUUGGGAUGCAUUCCCUGGUCGCAAGGGAUCAAAAAGCGAGCCUGCAGGUAUCUUCUACAACGAUAUCUGGGUCAAUUUUUGGAGGAGAAAUUAACAUUGGAUCAGCUCACUGUAGAUCUGUACAAUGGAACUGGUCGUGUAACCAAUGUUAGCCUUGAUGUGCAGGCCCUCAAUGAAUUGGGAGAGCAGCAACAACUUCCGUUAGAGUUUGUCGAUGGUUUCGUAUCGGAAAUAUCUUUUAGCAUACCGUGGUCAGCUCUACUUAGCGAGGCUAGUUACGUGGAGGUUACCAGUUUGAGAUUGACCGUUCAGCCUAGACAAAGAACAAAAACUGGUACUUCGAUGUUUGAGUCCAUGUGGAGUUCUAUGACAUCGAGUAUGCAACUUGCACAAGAAUGCUUGCAAGAAGAUGCAAAAAAUGCUGGAAACUCACAGCCAUUAGAGGGAGUUGAAUUGUUUGCACAAACAAUAGAUUCAAUUUUAUGCAGGGUGAAAGUAAGAUUUAUAAAUACCAUAAUACGUUUGGAACACGUGCCACUAGACUCUUCUACAGGAGUUGCAAUUGAAAUGUGUAUAAAAAAUCUUGAAUAUUCAGAUGAAGCAGGCUUAGAUCCAAGCAGUACUUCAUUAGAUCCUAGUCAAUCAACAAAAGGAUAUAUUGUAUCAGCUUUCACAACGAAAAGAUUUUAUUUAGAAGGUGUCACUUUCUACACGGAUGAAUUUCCAUCUCGCGCAAGAACUUUUUCUAGGAGCAUUAUAACAACAAGCAGAGGGUCUACACCAGAUUCUAAAAAUUCAGACGGCCACUUCUCUUCUGCACAAAUAUCUCCCACUCAAAAUAUGCAAACUCCUCUGGAAGGGAAUAUUAUUAAUAAUUUAAACGAAUCAAAUCCUAUAAUGUUUGCCAAGUUAGCAGGCAGACAAGAAAUAAGAUUGAAAUUAAAGCAAGGUGAAAGUGUUUCAGGACCAAAGGUAGAAUUAGAAGUGACACUGGGAUCUUUUACUUCAUUUUUAAGUCCACGGCAAGUGCAUGUGUUAUUGGAAUUGGGUCACGGACUUGCAUCCCCAGAUUUAGAAGAUAUUAGCAAUGUCGCGCCGAGAGCUUGCACAGAAAAGCCUAUGGCUGGCAGCGACUUCAAUCGCGUCGAGCGAGAACUUAUUCAUCAAAUACAUCCGACGCAAGGGUUACGUUCUAUGGAUUUAAGGCAUGCACAGGGUUGGUCGACUGCAUCUUUAGAUGAGUCAGACAACAAAGAUGAGUUUUUACCGAUGCGAUUACCCGGCUCUACAUCAAUGAGUGAUUCGAUCACAAGCAAUAACAUUAGCAUGGAUGGGAGUAUAUUAUCUAGUAGUAUUAGUUUAAAGAAUUCAGCGAUAAAUUUACCAAAGCAACAGAAACACAGGCAUAAUGUGGAUAAUAGUCCAUCCGCAGAAACGUCUCAUUUUCAUGUGAGGGUAUCUUCCAUAGCUAUAGUUCUACUACACGAAGAUAUAUUGGCCACCUGCGUAGAAGGAGGUGGUUUAACAUGUUCCAGUAUACAUCAGAUGAAAAAUUCAGCGGACGAAUUUUUCAAGCAAUUAGGAAUGUUCGGAGCUGGAGGAUAUGGAAACAAAGACUUUGAUAAGGCAUCGAAAAUACUCUUGGAUGCUUGCCAUUUAAGUCAUAUUAGGCAUGUAGAGUUAUAUCUGGAACAUUAACCUUAGCUAGUUUAGAAAUUGUAGAAUGUUUAAUUGAUUCGAAUAAUUCUGAAGCAAAUACAACUCCACCAACUGAGUUUGUAGAAUUGCUUGUUUUUCCGAAAGAGAGUUCAAAUAAUACUGGCUUCACCAAUAAAACGGACUUUAAAAUGAAGUUUAAAUAUGUAGAAGAUGUUGAAAACGCAGGAUAUGCUCAAUUAGUAAAAUGUACAGAUCCGUACACAACAGUUGAUAUUGAAUUGGAACCAUGCAAGAGUGAAGUGGACAUAACUAUCAUAGAUAGGAUAUGUGCUCUACUUAAUCCACAACCUAUUUGCGUUUGUAAUCCUGUGUCUAAUAAUAAGAAUAUAGUUUCCAAUACCAGAUUUAAGACCCUUGCACGACAUGAAUCGGGCACCAUGGUGGAAGAGAUCGGUGAGAACGGAUUAUAUGAUUUUAAAAAUGGCAGAUGCACAAAUUCAUUCUCGGCCGCAUUCGAUUUUUUCAAAGAAUCGGCCGCAUUCUGUGAGAAAGCAUUUCGAAAUCCAAUUCAGGAAGUUGCUGCUUUCCUACGCGGAAACGGAGACAGACGUGCCGUUGAAUAUAGGCAAAAUUACAACGCAUGAAAGAAAUAAUGCGUCGUGUCAACAAGUUAACGAAGGAUUUGAUUGGGCUAGAAUAGUUAUUACAAUCUAUCCGGAACGUUUGAGCGACCAGCUGGAAGAUAGCUCUGAAGGAGAGCUAGAUUCUAGUUUCGAUGAAACUCUAGAAAAUACGCCUAAACAUCAGCCGUCUCCGUUCAGCUCAAAGCGUGUUAUUCAUGAAUCUGAUACGCCUCAUUCCAAACCCUCUACACAAGGCGAUAAGGAUGAUUCAGAACAAAGGGAGGGCGAGGAGUUGAUCAUACCAGGAAAUCGGGAAGAAAUGUUCGAGUUCAUGGACGAAGGCAUUCGUAGUUCCAGAAUACAAUUAGAGAUUAACUUCCCGUGUGUUUCCGUCCAAAUACCAUCUAAACAUCUGUACGAAUUGCUAUACAAUAGAUUCAACACUGAUCUUUUUUUAUGGAAACCAUCAGCACCAAGACCAAAGUACGGCACGCACAUGGAAAAUCACAUAGGUCUCGAUUUGGCAUCCACUUUGUUACAGGAAUCCAUUUAUCCUAGAUUUAGCACGUGUAAAAGUAGAAUACAGUAUGAUUCCGAUUCGGACUCCGAGGAGGACGGUAUAUUUCAUUCUGCGGCUGACAAAAGUUACAAGCAGCAUCAGAACAAGAUAUCAAAGAAUGGUCAGAGUAAUCUGGCACUAAUUUUGAAUAUAGAUCAAGGUCUCCUCUGCAUGUAUACUCCCGUUCGCGAUUCAAUGCGCAACGUCAUCCCCGGUCAACAGGGCGAGCUAAUAAUUCGAUUGGAAGACGCGACGAUAUUCUCGGUAACCGCGUACAAAGGGAAUUCGAAUCUGGGUUACAUUUGUGCCAUGAUAAAAGAAAUGUCUUUGGAUCAUUGUGGAUUAAUGACGACUCCUUCGCAACCACCUACACUGAGAUCUAUUAAUAGCGACAUUCCGCAACAUUGUCAAAACACUAUAUAUAAAAGCGGGUUAAGCGAGAGUGUAAUGGGAGCAAACAACAACGAUGAUAUGGUGAUACUCGCUAUUAGGAUACAGGCUGCUCAUCAAACACACCGUAUUAAAACUUUCAGAGUGGCGGCAGGCAUAACAAAUGCUACACUGAUGCAUAGAAUGUGUAACACUGGUACAUCGUGGUUCACACAGUUAACAGAUUGCUUGGACGUAGCCGAUCAUCCUGUUGCCGGAUACUCACCGCCAGGGAUAUUAACGGAAUUACAUUUGCACCUGUGGAAUUGCGCGGUUGAUUACAGGCCAGUUCAUCUGCCGUUAAGAUCAAUGAUAACUUUUGGGAAUUUCAGUGUUUCCAGCAAUAUUGCUGCUCAUACGAAUACUUCAACAUUGCGUUUUAUAGCAGAAGACAUUGCAUUGUUCAUAUCUAAUAAAUUAGGUAGAAAUGUGGAUCUUCGGCGAGAUUAUGUGUGCGUAAUGGACGUAGGGUUGUUCGAAUUGUCACUGAGAUUAAACGACAAGAUGUGCGGCGGUGCACCUAGGAUAGAUUUAAGAGCAAGCAACAACGUGUUGCACGUUCGGACUUGUUCGGACUCUGGACGAGCUCUUAUCCAGUUGUUAAUGUACUUUGUCAAUGACGGAGAUCUUUUGCCGAAUAUGGAAACCGUCGAGAUUACUACGAUAGCUCGUUCGUCUGGCGAAGAAGAAAGCCUUCUAGGCGAUGAAUGUAUCAACACUCUGAGUAAGAGCCAAGUAGAACGCGUUAAUAAUUUGAUGAAAGAAGCGAUGGAAGAAACGGUAAAAGGAACAUCGGUGAAUACAGAAAGCGACAUGUCUAUAACUGAAAAUCAGGUGGAAGUGUUCUUCUUCCCUGACGAAUCUCAACCUACUUCACAGGUAUGCAGAAGUCCUGAGAGAUACAGCAAAGUCGAGUUUGGUGUAGAAACUGAAGAUUUGAACGACGAGUUUUGCAUAUUGGGCGAGGAAGCUGGUACAGGAAUUAUUCCCAGACACGGUGUACCAGAAGUUCGUUGGCUUUGUCAGGAAUCUCUAAGAAUAAUAGACAAUCACUUUUCGGUUCCACUCGGCAAAACUGAUCUGCUUAAGGCUCCAAGACAUUUCCCAUCUCCGGUUUUAAGAUACACUCUUUGCGAAAUGAGCUUGAUCUGGCACAUGUACGGUGGGAAGGAUUUCGAAGUUUCUCAACCACCAAGCAAGAAACAGGUCAUUAUCAAUGACAACAUGAAUCGCCCUAAUACGGCACCUCAAGAUAGAAUCAGAUCACCGUGGUGGGAUGGCGUAGCUUUCAAUAAAUGUAACCCGAACGAAAUACAUUUCGGGAGUGCGCCAAAUUCACCACGUGGGAAGUGUAAAGAAACAACCGACUGGCAAACAAUGGGAGGUCCUGGUCGCCGUCACGACAUCUUAAUGGAACUUCAGUUGAACAAAGUACGCUUUCAGCACGAGGUUUAUCCAGAAAAUACAGCGGAAGCAGCGAGGCAAAUAUUGCUGGUAAAUGAGAUAGAGAUCAGAGACAGGUUGGCAUCCUCGCACAUCAACAAGUUCCUGUACCAAUAUAGCAGCGAGGCAAGACCGAAACAGUCUCACGCGAACAUGUUUGCCAUGAAAGCGGUCCACGUCAGACCGGAUCCAAGAUUAAGUGCUCAAGAGUGUUGUUUAAAGCUCAGCCUACUGCCGUUGCGAUUAAAUAUCGACCAGGAUAGCCUAUUGUUUUUGAUAGAAUUCUUCAACGAAUUGGGUAGCGGUUCGAAGCAAGCUCAAGAGAGUUUCAGCGCGUCCAAUAAUACGCAGUCCUCCUCGGUGUCGAAACAAGGAACGCCGACGCAUCACCCACCGGUUAUGAGUGUAAACGACUCAGCGCCUAAUGCUCCAACGUCAACGAAUACGUCGCAAAGCGACAGCAUAGAUCCGAAUUUAUUGCUACUUUUGGAGGAUGAGUUAAUGAUCAAGGAGAACAAUGUGAAAGUGAAGCCGACGCACGAAGUUCACGAUGAUUGUCAACCGAUAUAUUUUAGGAGCGUGAUAUUUUCCCCUGAGGUUUUCGUUAGAUUAGACUAUCACGGCAAGCGUGUGGACCUAACUCAUGGGCCGUUAGCAGGACUUCUGAUGGGUCUGGCGCAGUUGAAUUGCUCCGAAUUAAGACUGAAAAGACUAACGCAUCGACACGGGCUUCUAGGCUUCGAUAAAUUAAUGACGUUUUUAUUCUCCGAGUGGUUGCAAGACAUAAAGAAAAAUCAACUUCCAAGUUUACUUGGCGGUGUCGGCCCCAUGCAUUCGUUAGUACAAUUGUGUAAGUCAGUUGUGUGCUCUCGUUCCUCUCUGUACCGUAAAAUUCAAGGGAUAAGGGAUUUGUUCUGGUUGCCUAUCGAGCAGUACCAAAAGGAUGGCAGGAUAAUUAGAGGAUUGCAACGAGGUGCGAACAGUUUCACGACGUCCACCGCUAUGGCAGCGUUGGAAUUGACUUCUAGGUUGAUACACGCUAUACAGAGUACAGCUGAGACGGCUUAUGACAUGGUCAGUCCUGGCCCCAGCGUGAGACGCAAGCACAAGGGACAGAAAGGACGCCGGAAAAGAUACAAUCAACCAUUGGACAUUCGAGAAGGAGUGGCUAACGCGUACAUGCUAGUAAAAGAGGGUUUGGGAGAAACGGCGAAUCAAUUGGUUCGUGUGGCCAGCGAGGAGCACGAACAAAAAGGAGUCUCUGGUGCUGUAGGGGGUGUGUUACGACAAAUACCACCGACAGUCGUGAAGCCAAUUAUUUUGGCUACAGAAGCGACUAGCAAUGUUUUAGGUGGUAUGCAAUCGCAAUUAGUACCGGAUGCCAGACGAGAGGCAGCUCAGAAGUGGCGGCAAGACUCGAAUGACGUGAAUUAAAAUUGCUGCUCCGUGAGCUCUACGAUGUGAGGUCCGAUUCGAUGUUUUCGAUCGACCUUCGUGUAAUGAAAUGAGAAUCCAUGACGCAGAUAUGCAAAUAAUAUUACGAUAGGGGGAAAAAAUAUAAUUGAGCUUAUUUUACUGGGAUGAAACACGAGUGAAAGUAAAUUGAUCCGAUGACGUCGUAACGUAAUGCAUUAACGUUACGAAAAAUGAUUUUUUUUUUUUUUUUGACUUGACGCGUAAAUCGCAUAAAUUUUCUGAAAGGGCGCAACGUCACUCUCGAAUGGUAUAACAUAUUCGUGUAUGUUGUAUGUUUCAGUUUCAUUGAUCUUGCUACAUAUUACAGAAAGAUCGAUCCGAUUUCUUAUAUUUAUAGUUUAUAAACAAAAUCUAUAUACCAUCGUGAACAUCGUCUUCAUAGCUUGUACGUAUUUUUGUUCUAAUAACGCGUAUGUUUUAUACCAAUGAUAUGUAUGUGAACAUUUUUAUUAAUAAAAUUCUGACGCUUAUUAUUGCAUGCCACUUUUUGCGAUCAAUUUAAUUUGCAUUUAUUAGAAUAUGAAUUCUAAACGUGCACAUCUAAUUGAGAAUUAACAGCAAAUACGACACUAAUUUCAAAACAAAAAAUCGAUACUUCGUGGAUUGCCUAUAAUUUACGAAAGUACGAUAUCCCUUAAAAUUUCGGUAAUUGGAAUGUUGGAAUUUUUUUCUUUAAUUUGCAGAAAAGUUAA